UUCUACAAGAGAAUAAAAAUGGCACAGCAGGGUUAUGUUGACAACUCUAGUUUUCAGGACUUCGGAUUCGAUGAGAACAGCUCUAGAAUCAAACAUCCUGUUGUCACAUUUUUCCAUCUUAUCUUCAAAUCUCUGGCACUAAUCGUAUACCUGCUCUGCAGCCUGUUCAACGAUAGUUUUAUCGGAAACUUCGUGUUCGUGACCCUUCUCCUCUCCUUAGACUUCUGGACCACCAAGAACAUAACCGGAAGGAUCAUGGUCGGACUCAGAUGGUGGAAUUACAUCAAUGAUGAUGGUGUAUCUGUCUGGAAGUUUGAAGCUAGAAAUGGAGAAUCCGCCAAGAAUCUGUCAACCACAGAAAUCAGAAUAUUCUGGACUGGUUUGAUUGUUGCUCCUGGUCUCUGGGUUCUAUUCUUUCUAACAGCUCUCUUCAGUUUCAAGUUCUCCUGGCUAAUCCUGGUUGUUAUAGGUUUGACCUUGAGUACCUCUAAUCUUCUUGGGUAUCUAAGGUGUAAGAUGGGGAAAUCUGAUGAUUCUGUGACCAAUGUAAUGAGUGGAAUGGCAAACCAGUACAUGCAGAAACGGAUGAUGCAGAACUUGAUGGGCGUAUUUAAACCCACCCCUCCACCUACUGCACAGACAAAUCUGACAGUUUAGAAAAUAUUUAGAAACAUCCAUGGAACAUUCCCCUAUCCUACCAACAAUAAUCAACCUGGUUGCUUAAACAUAUGUAGCUACAAAUACUAAAAUAUUACUUUAUCAUUGACCUCCUCUGACCCCACUUCCUUCAAAAGAAAUCCCCCCUACCCUUCCUUCAAAAGAACUUAAAAAAAUUAGGGAGACGACUGUUAGACUUAAAAACUUUUUAUUCAAAUUGUCCAUUAAACAUGGAAAUUGUGCAGUGUAAACUGAACACAGAUCCAUUUUCUGAUUGUUAAAAUGUCGUUUUUUUAUUCCAUAGUUUUAUAGGUCUCACUGUAUAUUUCUGUAGUUUGUUGCUAAAGUGUUAAUAGUGUCCUUAUCCCUGUUUUUAUUUUGAAAUGCUAUCUGUGAUUUUUAAAUUUAUACUUGGUUUGAUGAAGAUAUAUAUUAUUCUGAGAUAAGGGAAAUGGAUUAUAUAUAGAUAUAUAGAGAUUUCUAGCAUAAUAAUAUUGCCCCCUCCCCACCCCCUCCUUCUUCUCUCAGGAAAAUAUAAAUCUUCUUUUUUGUUUUUGUUGUGAUCUUAUAUUUAUUUAACGAUUUUAUUUUUGAGUUUCCCCCAGCAUAAUCAAUAUUUGUGUAUUAAAGAAAUUUUAAAGUGCCUCCCUCACAUGACUUGUUUCUAAUUUACAAAUUUUGAAUCCAAAAAAAAAUUGUGAAAUAUCCACGGUGUCAUUUUCUUCUUUUGUUUUUGGAAUCAAUGUCAUAAGAACCAACUGAAAUGGACUUUUAUUUACUGAUGUUAUUUUUAUCAUCAUUUGUGUAAUUUGCACAUUUUUGUAAACUAUUAAUGGAAGUGUCUAC